AUGCCGGGCGGGGCGGCGGCCGCGCUGGCCAUGGGUGUGCUGCUCGCCGCGUGCCACGCGUUGGAGAACACCACGGCGGCCUGGAGCGGCCCGCCGGUGGCGGCGGCGGUGAGGUCCCACUUCAACGACUGUCCCGACUCUCACAGCCAGUUCUGCUUCCACGGCACCUGCCGGUUCCUGGUCCAGGAGGACAAGCCGGCGUGCGUGUGCCAUUCGGGGUACGUGGGGACGCGGUGCGAGCACGCCGACCUGCUGGCCGUGGUGGCCGCCAACCAGAAGAAGCAGACCAUCACCGCCUUGGUGGUGGUGUCGGUGGUGGCCUCCGUGCUGCUCAUCGGCGUCUGCGUGCUCAUACACUGCUGCCGGCUGCGGAAGCGCUGCCGGUGGUGCCGGGCACCCGUCGGCGGCCCGGAGAAGCCGGGUGGGCUCCUGAAAGGCGGCACCUCCUGCUGCCACGCCGAGACGGGGGUCUGA